AGGGAGGCCGUGAUAAGUAGCAAGUUGAAAAAGGAAACUGUCCGUCCAGCUCUUUCCCGGUUGGAGGUGGAGCCGGCGAGCUGCGUUGCCGCGGCAGGUACAUCCACCGGCCUGAAAGAAAGAAAGAAAUAACCCACGCUUCGAAUUAUAGAGCUGUACUGCUGCUGUGCCCGGCCGGCUGAGAAGGAGCCGGGGGAUCGAUCUUUGGAGGUUGGGGGCCGGGAGCAACUGCGAGGAAUCAGGGACCGGGAUCUCUCUUCCCUGCAUUGAUGGCUUCCCUGGGCUUGCCCGGAGUCUCCUCCUACCACGACCUCUGCUGCUAUGGGGCAGGAAUCGUAGGGAACAUCUUUGCCUUUGUGCUCUUCAUCUCCCCGCUGCCGACAUUCAAGAGGAUCGUCCGGAAUGGGUCGACGGAGCAGUUCUCGGCCAUGCCGUAUCUAUACUCGCUCCUCAACUGCCUGGUCUGCAUGUGGUACGCGCUCCCCUUCGUCUCCUACGGCGUCGUCCUCGUCGCCACCGUCAACACAAUCGGCGCCGCCUUCCAGCUCGCCUACACCGCCAUUUUCAUCGCCUUCGCUGACGGCAAGAAGAGGCUGAAGGUGUCCGUGCUGCUGGCCGGCGUGUUCUGCCUCUUUGGCCUCAUUAUGUAUGUUAGUAUGGCCCUGUUUGAUCACAAACCGCGGCAAACCUUCGUCGGUUAUCUCAGCGUCGUGUCCCUCAUCUGCAUGUUCGCGUCCCCUUUGUCGAUCAUUAAAUUGGUGAUCAAGACAAAGAGCGUGGAGUACAUGCCAUUCUAUUUGUCACUAGCGAUGUCUUUGAUGAGUGCGUCGUUUUUCGCUUACGGGGUGUUGCUACAUGAUUUCUUCAUAUAUAUUCCCAAUGGGAUAGGCACUAUAUUAGGCGUCAUACAAUUAUUGUUAUAUGCCUACUUCAGAAAAGGAUCGAAGGAGGAAGCCAGGCGGCCAUUGCUAGUCACGCAUACAUGAGCAGCAUGCAAGACAGAAGAUGGAUGCUGCUUAGGACAUGUACAGUCAUGGCUGUAAACCAUUCUGCAGCAGUUGAAACAGGAGUUCAGAAAACAAAAUUUGACCUGUCUCUGGUGAUGAACGAUCGGUCCAGAGUCCGUGUCAAAGUUCUCUGAAGGGAUUGCCAAGUCUUGUGGUUGUGGUUCUCCAAAUUGUUUUGGUUAUGUAAAAAACAGUCAUAGUUUUGCUGCGUGAUUCCUGAUGAGCUUAUCUUGUGUGAGAUCAUCCGAGUCAUUUCUUUGUUGAUAGUAUUACGCUAUGUACAGAUAGCAUUAAUACCUUAUUGUUGUAUAGACUUCGUCAAUGUUUAUGUCGUCUGUACCGUACAUUAGAUAAGAGUGGCCAUCAACAUCUCCACGAUUAUCACGAGGAAUAUGAAAGUGUGCACACAA